AUGAAGAGGACGCGGAAGUUAUUCACCUUAGUUAGCUUGUUGGUGCUAGUGCAAUUCUGUUAUGGUUGGAGCCAUCCAAACUCUUGUGGAGACGGAUCUGAAGAUCAGCCACAGGCUAAUCCGACACCUGCAGCCACUCCAGCCUCAUCCGCAACAUUGUUAUCAGAAUCGGGAUCAAGUUCGAGUUCGUCGUCACCGUCUUCUUCGCCUGGUAGCGACGGAAGCUCCAGUGCGUGUGAUUGCUCGUUGAAGCCGACGCUGGUAUCGACAUCAGUGGGUUCUGGAUCGUCCACGUCCAGCGCAGCGUCGGACAUUGCACGGCAGCUCUACGAUCGAUUCCAAGCAGGCGACGAAGUCGACCAAAUGUUGCUGAAUGAAAUUCCGUCAUCUGUCCAAGCGAGACUGGAGAACGUGUCCUUAACGUUUGAAGAUCUUCCUGGAUUGAUGCAACGUGCUGUCUUGUGGGACACUGGAUUCGCCGUCACCUCCGACCAACAAGCCGUGCAACUUUGGACACUAGACAACCGAAGUAUGGCGGAUAUCGCGAUGUCUGUUGAUGAGUUCGAGGCUUCAGGGUGUGAAGCUGUAUCAUGCACAGCAUCAAACGGAGAAAGCAUUGAGAUGUACUCAACUUGCAGCCAUGGUCCAGUUCAGAUGUUAGCAGCUUCGAAGUGCGUCAUUGAAACGUUUGAAAGUGACGAGAGUUCGAAUGCCACGAUGUGGUCAACCAAUGGCAACUCAAGUAUGAUUCCGGAUGUCCGCGCUGUCAAGAAUGAAGGAACAGCCGAGUGCGACUGCGUGUACACAGUCUACUCGAUCCACACAGCGACCGCAGCAGAACAAACAACGAUUACGGAUGAGUGUCCAGUGGGUGAAUGGUCUGGCUCGUUAGUGAUCCCAUGCUACGGGAACGAUAGCGUUCCAGAGUCAGUCGCAACUCGGAUUACUACUCCAAAGGGGACCGAUUGGGUGACACGCUGGAUCUUGGAGCAUGAAAAGCCUUCGGCUACAUCGGAAUCGUCUGCGCCCUCCCAAGGCUCCGCAUCGGCGACCACAGAGUCCGGAAAAGGAAGUGACAGUGGCUUCAGCUUGUGGUGGCUCCUGCUCAUCUUGUUGAUCGUUCUCCUUUUGAUCGUCGCAACAAUUGUUGCAUGCCGUCACUGCCAUCGAUUGAGUCGCUUCCACACACCACCGGAUAAUACGACCUACAUUUUCGUUGGAGGUCGCAUGUGGGCGGUGGAAGAUGAGAGUCACGGUCGUGGAGCAGGUUACUGGCUCCGAUUUGCUAAUUGGUGUAGGAAAACCUUCAAUUUCUUCAACUAAAUAAUAAAAAAAAAAAUGUAAAGCUA